UUGUGCUUUCCGCUUUACGAAAACUUUAUCGUGGCAAAUAAACUCGUCGCAUAGAAAAGUUUACAAUAUAUUAUAAGUAAAAAUUUAAGAUAUAUUUUACAGAAAAAAAAAAUGCUUCGAACACGGUCCCAGAGCAGCGUGUAUGAACAGGAAGCGAAAUUUGUGCAAGAUCGCAUAACGGGCGUGGAAAAACACUUUGCCGAGUUAUGCACAAUAUUUGCGGCAUUCGCUAGAAAAACGGCCAGGUUGCGCGAUAAAAGUGAUGAACUGGCUAAAAAAAUUCAAACUUACGCCGAUUCGGAAAUUAUAAAUCGAUCUCUUAGCGCCGGACUCGCAAAUUUUUCAGCCACAUUAUCGGUUAUCGGCGAUUAUAGAGAUGCAGAAGUACAAAGAUUAGAUGCCAAGAUAAUUGCACCUCUCUCGCAGUACGCGACAAUUUGCAAACAUGCUCGUGAUGACGUUAAAAGUACCUUUGCAGCACGUGAUAGAGAACUCACCAGACGAAGACAUUUGGACAAAGUCCGAGAAAGAAAUCCCAGGAAUCACCAAAUGAUAUCGCAAGCCAAAUCGGAGCUGAUGAAAGCAUCUGUUGAAGUAUCCCGAGUAGUAAAAGGAUUGGAAGAGCAAAUCGAUUCGUUCGAACGACGAAAAUUACAUGAUUUGAAAUCCAUACUUUUAGACUUUGUCACCAUCGAAUUGAGCUUUCAUACAAAGGCCCUCGAGCUUUUAACUAAAGCUUAUCAAGACAUCGCGUCUAUAGAUGAGAUAAAAGAUCUUGAGGACUUUCAAAUCGCGAGAGGAGAAAUGAAUGGGGAAUUUAGAGAGACAAUGCGCGUCCCCGAUUCCGUUGCAAGAUUAGACACAGUGAAUAGAACUUCAUUUCGACAGGCUUAUUCAUUAACGAAUUUAGCCAACCGAUUCGCAUCCUCUCCCAUGGCAUCGCAGAAAUCAAGUAAUCGAGAAGCUGAAUCUGUCGUAAGUGCAAAAUUCGAACACGUUGCUCCUUAUACUGUUCUAUCAUUAGAUCUUAAUAUAAAAACAUUACAGGAUUCUGUACAAACUGGAUUCACAAAUUCUUCUGAAUCAGUUCAAGUUGAGGAGUAUGCGAAUAGUACGGAGGAAACAGAAUCAGAAUCAAUUCGAGAGAAGCCUGUGAGAACUAGGCAUAAAUCAAUGUAAUUUCAAUUAUAUUUCUAACUUUGUCCUUCUAUCUUUCUAGAGAACAGUAUCAAGACACUCUGGAUCUAAAAUAAAGAAACGCUUCAUUCUCAAACCUAUUCCACCAAUUCCUACAUGUCAGAAGUCCUUAAUAUCAUCUAUAAUAUAUCGCAUACCUUCUAAAAUGAAUAAGACAAAGUAAACCUUGCAUUAUAAAUUUAUCUUUCAAAAAUAUUUGAUUAUUUAUACUUUACAAUAUAAUUUAAAUGUCUAUAGAUAUAAAAAUUUUAACUAAGAUAAGACUUGUAUUAAAUAAUUGCUUUUAUAGAAGAAAAGAAUAUUAUAUGUACA